CUUAUCGCCUGUUGGAGUUGGUUUUCCGUUCGAAUCCCGGAGUGAGAGACAGUACAGGAUGCCAGAGUUCUCUCAGUGCGCCUGGUGGAUGUUCUUCAUCAGCAUAUUGUUGCUGUUUCUUCCAUGUGGAGGAAGAAGUGGCAGUUCUGGCCAUCAGCAUCCGAAUGGUACAAUCACAUUUAAUCUUGAUGAAACUGUACCUGUGUCUCAGCACGACACCUGGCUGAUUAAUAAUGUUGUCCAGGCAAAUGAAAUGAGCUUCAACACCACCACCAUUGAGAGCCGAGGGCUUCGGUAUGUCACCUUUAAGAAAUGCUACGAAAAUGUAACAUACUGGAGUGCUGAUCCUGGGAAAUCCAUCAGCUUCCUAUAUUCCGGGAGAUAUUCUCCAAUUUACGGGCAUCAGGGAGCCGCUAUCAAUAUGCGGGAGACUCCCGGAACUUCCGGGCGACUUGGGACGUCUGUGAAGGUGCCUAAAGAUCGUGAAGAUUCCUGUUUUAAAUAUUUAGCCCCUAAAUCAGAUAACUGUACUGUAGCACCUAUUCAAGAUCCACACAGUGACAUUCUGGUUGGUGUUAUUGUUGCGAGCAUUCUUUGUGCUGUUGCUCUUUUAUGUAUAGGUUGUAGAUAUUGGAAGACAAAAAGGCUUCGAAGUGUGCCAUGUUCUGUGUACAGAUGGCAUCAAAAUUGACGUGAAUCUCGAUGUGACUACAAAUAAGCAGAGCAGGACCACGCUAUUUCUAUGGUAGAAUUGGAGUCAAACAGCAUUUGCUAAACUGUCACAUCUGUACCUGCUUGCAAUCAAGACUCCACUUCCCAGCAUUCACAGCAGCCUGCCAUGGAUGACAACACCAUCCUCCGCUUCACUGCUCACAACUCCCUGAUUGCACACACCUGGACUCAGUCACCACAGCACACUAUUUGAGCAUGCUCAGUACACCAAGUCAAUAGGAAGUAAAUGCGUGUGGCUGAGUUUGCCAAACCUUUUGCUUAUUGUGCUGCUUUUCUGGUUUUGUACCUUGCCUUUUGAUAUUGCCUCUAAUUGCCUGCCCAGCUAACAAUUGAACAUUCCAUAAACAUUCGGAGAAUGUUUACUUUAAAGUUCUGGGAACGAUCUCAGGGAAUGUUGUAGUAAAAAAUUUUUUUUAGAGUUUUUCUUAUGUUAUGGGAAUGUUAGGUCUUAACAUUAUGAAAAAAAAAUGUUUUGGGUACCUAGUGAGAAUCUUCAUAAUUUAUUACUUUUGGUUUAAAAAUAAAUGAAAACAAGACAUGAACAUGUAAUGAAUGACUUUUAUUUACAGCAGGUUCCAACUGAAUACAAUUAUGUUACUGCUAAUACUCAACUUUAAAAAAUACAAUCCAGCUCAAAGAAAAGACUCAA